AUGGGGAAGGGGGUGGGGUACUGGCUGCUGAAGACGGAGCCGGGGGAGUGGUCGUGGGAGGACCAGAGGUCGAAUGGCGGAGUGUCGCAGUGGGAUGGGGUGAAGAACAGGCAGGCGCAGAAGAACAUGAAGGCCAUGAGGGGAGGCGAUCUCUGCUUCUUCUACCACUCGGGAUCCCGCCCUGCCGAGCGCCGGAUUGUCGGAGUUGUGGAGGUCAUCAAGCCCUGGUACGAAAUCGGUGGAGAUGGCGGCGAUGGAGCUGUGGACGUCCGGUCGAGAGGAGAGAUGCGGCGAACCGUGUGGCUGAAGGAGGUCAAGGAGGAUCCGUCGAUGGCCGACUUCGCGCUGGUCAGGCAGCCCAGGCUGUCCGUCGUCCCCGUGCCGGAGAAGAUAUGGGAGAAGCUCUGUGAGAUGGGAGGGGGCUUCGGCGAUGAACGAGAGGAAGAGGACGCGGAGAACCAGGAAAAGGCGUAG